GGGACAAGUCCAAAUGGUGGGGACUCCAAUUCUUCAACUACAGGAAGGAAUAGAAUCAGAAAUCCAACAAAGCUCAGCUAGAAAGGUUACAAAUUUACACAUCCAUUUCUGUACCUUUGACUGUUGCCCCACAACCCCUUCUCCCAAAAGCAGUUCAUCAAGAUUCAAGGAAAUGGAAGUGGGUCAAUUGCAGAGGAACUUUGUUGAAUACAUGGCCUCUCUGUUUCGUGAGGGAUUCUUGGAUGCUCAGUUUAGUCAGCUUCAGCAACUGCAAGAUGAUAAUAACCCUGAUUUUGUAGUUGAAGUUGUGUCUCUCUUCUUUGAAGAUUCAGAAAGACUUCUCAAUGAUCUCACCAUGGCUUUAGAUCAGCCCAAUGUGGACUUUAAGCAGGUUGAUGCUCAUGUUCAUCAGCUCAAAGGUAGCAGCUCCAGUGUUGGUGCUCAGAGAGUGAAGAAUUGCUGCGUCCCUUUCCGCAACUGCUGCGAAGAACAGAACACGGAAGCGUGCUUGAUAUGCUUGCAACAAAUAAAACAGGAGUACUUGCUUGUGAAGAACAAGCUUCAAACUUUAUUUGAGUUGGAGCAGCAGAUUGUAGCAGCUGGAGGAGCAAUUCCCAUGGUGCAAUAACUCAAUGCUUACGGGAUUAGCCCUAAUGCAGGAAAAAAGUUUACUGAAUUCCCGUUUGCAGAGAAGAAUUUUCUUUAGUGAUUUCCUUGUGGAUCACAUCAUCAACUUUAUCCGUCAAAUUCUCUACGCUUGCUGUAAAUUAUUGAUGAAACAGUGUCAAGAUGGGCUGCUUUUUAUCAACUGAUACUUACCGCUGUUUUUAAAUGAAAGAGACCUUGCUAUCUAUUCUA